CUCUUCACCAUGUGAAUAGACCUUCGUUCGGACGCAGUCGGAUACAGCAGUGCUGUUCCCUUUCCUUGUGGAACGCUCAGGCGUGUGUGUGUGUGUGUGUGUGUGUGUGUGUGUUUGGAAAGACAUCCUGACGUGUGGAUACUGCAGCACUCUUCUGUGGAGUCGAACCUGGAUGGCAUGAAGACCCAGAGGAGUGCCAGGCUCUGAGCUCCCCAUCAUCAUUGCUGCUGCUGAUACUGCCAAGGAUGCUCAUGCCUCGUGAGGGUGGGCGAGAUGAGGCUCACAAGCUGCACAGAAAAUGGAUGAAACACCAGGCCUUCAUGGCCGAACUGGCUCGCAACAAAGAAUGGCUGUCCAAAAUCGAACAGGAGGGGAAGGAGUUGAUAGAGGAGCAGCCAGAGCUUGGGCCUGUGGUGCAACAGAAGCUGAAGGAGAUGAGGGAAUGCUGGACACAUCUGGAGAGCACCACCAAGGCCAAAGCUCGUCAGCUCUUCGAGACACAGAACCACAGAACCACAGACGUCCCAUUACACAGCCUCUCAGAUCUGGACCAGCACCUCAGUUUGCUCCAGGACGAGCCACCUCAUUCAUCACACUCCUCACACACAGCAUACUCCACACACACCAGCCCCUCGGCAAGCGUUGCCAUCCAGAGCCCUCGUACCACAUUUAGCCAGCAGCUGCAAAGGAUACAGUCAAUGGAGACCCAGAUGCAGCUCUAUCCUGGUUUGAUGCAGCUGAAAUCCGACAUUAGUGGACAGAGUGAUGUGGAUGGAUCCAACGUACUGCGUCGCGGGCCAAUGGGUAUUGAGGUUCAGGGCUCGGGGGCCGUGGCUGAGACACGAAUUGUGCGCCUGAUCGAGCCACUGAAAGAAAGGAGGCGGAUUCUUCUGGCCUCCAAAGAAAUGCACCAAGUCACACAGGAUCUGGAAGAUGAGAUUGUGUGGAUUCAGGAGCGAUUACCAUUGGCCUCCUCUACAGAAUACGGCACCAAUAUGCAGAGCGUACAGCAGCUGGUUAAAAACCACGAGGCCUUGCAGAUGGAGAUGCAGUCCAGAAAGGGUCGUGUCGAGGAGGUGCUGGAGAGAGCUGAGGCAGUCGCCGCCCUUCGCACUCCUGAGGUGGAGAUUGUCAGAGAGGGAGCGAUGCACGUGAGGCAGCUUUGGGAGGUGCUACAGAUGGAGACAGAGCGUCGUACGGUGAUGCUGGAUGCAGUAAGUCAUGCCCAGCAAUACUACACUGAGGCAGCAAAGGCAGAGUCCUGGCUCAGCGGGCAAAAGCUUCAUGUUCUCAAUGAGGAGGAUGGCAAUGAUGAAGCAAGCACACUAAGGCUGCUAAAGGAGCAGUUGGCCUUAGAGCAGAAGGUGGAGAAUUACGCAGAGACCGUGGGUUUCCUGUCUCAGCAGUGCCGCCGACUGUUGGAGCUGGGACAUCCUGAUAGCGAGCAGAUUACUAAGCAGCAGGCGCACAUCGACCGGCUCUACGUCUCCCUGAAGGACCUGGUGGAGCAGAAGAAGACCAAGCUGGAGCAGCAGUACUGGCUCUACCAGCUGAAAAAGGAGGUGGAGUCUCUGGAGAAGUGGAUCUCAGAGAGAGAGGCUGUCGCCAGCUCCACUGAGCUUGGCCAGGACCUGGAACAUGUUACAGUGUUGCAGGAGAGGUUCACUGAAUUUCGGGCAGAAACAAGCACCGCAGGACAGAGGCAGAUGGACUCGGUGAACAAGAUGGUGAACGAGAUGAUCGACUGCGGCCACUCAGACGCCGCCACUAUCGCCGAGUGGAAGGAUGGCCUGAACGAGUCCUGGGCCGACCUGCAGGAGCUGAUGGAGACCAGAGCACAGAUGCUCGCCGCCUCACAUCAACUCCAAAAGUUCUUCACUAACUGCCAGGAGGUGCUGGUGCAAAUUGAGGGAAAGAUGAGGCAGUUACCGGAGGUACGUUCAUGCCAGGUGAGCACCGCCAACCCCGGCACACUACAGAGACUGCUGCACUCCUUUGAACACUCUCUGCAGCUGCUUGUCUCGCAGGUGCGUCAGUUGCAAGAGAACGCAUCUCAGCUCCGUGCGAUCUAUGCUGGCGAGAAGGCCGACACGAUCCUGGUCCGUGAACAAGAAGUGAUGCGCGCAUGGAAGGAACUCCUCGUGGCGUGUGAGGGCAGCCGUGUACAGGUUACUACGGUGACGGACAAAAUCCAAUUCUUCGCCAUGGUUCGUGAGCUGAGCAUGUGGACAGAUGGGAUCAUGGGACAAAUCGGUCCAGUUGAGGACGCACGCGACAUGUCUUCCCUGGAGUGCAUGAUUUCCCAGCACCAAAACCUGAAAAGUAAAAUGGAGAGCAAAAGCAAGAACUUCAUGCACUGUGUGGAGAUGGGCAAGAUGCUUCUCGCAGCACACAAUCCUGCAGCUGAGGAGGUGAAGGAGAAGUUGGAGUAUGUGAUGGCAAAGCAGAAAGAUCUGAACGAUAAGUGGGAGCAGCACUGGGAGAAACUCCAGCGCAUGCAGAAACGGAUACAGUCUGCACAAAAAAGCAAGGCUGAAGGGACGUGGCACACGACAAAGGAGUCACUUAGCAGUGGUGGUGAGGCAGAGGGCGGGGCUGACGAGGUGGAGCAGCUGAUUCGCAGGCACGAGGCGUUCCGUAAGGCGGCAACAACUUGGAAAGAGCACUUCAGCUCCUUACGACAGGUUGAGAAACUGAAAGAAGAGCAAAGCAAGCAGUCCACCGCCUCAUCUCUCCUCAACAGACAGAUGUUUCCUCUUUCCUGCCUCGUGCCGAGCUCUUCCUCAUCCUCAUCUUCCUCGUCUCUUUUUAGGAGCCCUCUGCAGGACAUGCUCCUGGAAUCCAAAUCUGGUUCAGACCUUACACAUACCCCACAUGCUUUUGCACAGAGGCUAGGAUCUGCACUGAAUCCCUAUGCUCCCGUCAUGAACGGCUCCCCCUACCACAGGCUUAACCAACAAGUCGGGAUGUUGGGCACAAACAGCUCCAGUCAAACUGGGUUAAACCAACAGGGUGUUUUUGGGGUGGACAGCUCGAGUUACACUGGCAUAAACCAACUCGGCAUGUUGGGUUCAGACAGCUCCAGCUACACUGGACUGAAUCAACAAGGUGUCACAGGAGCCAAUGGCCUGAACCCCCUUAGUGCCAUGGGGAUGACCGAGCCCAAAACCGCAUUUGCCUGGCAGCAGCUCAAAGCUGACAUGCAGCCCAGAAUCAACCACAUGCACAAGGCUGUAGGUCCUUUGUUAGAGGCCCAUGCUGGGCACUUGGUCCCGAUGGGUGUACCAGUGGGCACUGAGGCAUCCCUGGAGCUGCUCCACGGACGGCUGCAGAGGGACCCUCGUGGCAGCCGGUCAGACCCGCAAAUGGACCAUCUGCGCAGGGAGAGGGAGUACCGGCUCGGGCGUCACACCUCCAGUGAGCAGGAGAUCCAGGCACGUUUAAAUGAGCUACCAAUGAUUGUGCGCCAGGAGAGGCACCAGCGGCGCAGGCUAGAGCGCCAGUCGUCCAGCGAGCAUGAAGGCAGUGGUAGGCAGAGAAUUCAGAAACAGGACUCCAGUGACCAGGAGUCAGGAAAAGAAGGGUCAGACAAGAAGCAGACAGGGGAAAAACGCUCCACUAUGGCUGAGAUAGUGGAACAGGUGCAGGAGAGAGAAGCAUGCCAUGCGAGGGGAGAGGUGUAUCGUCCUCCCAGCAGUCUCUCUGCCCCUGUCUCUCGUCUUGACCGGCCUCGAGCUCGCGAUCGCCCAAAACCACGACGACGGCCGCGUCCUAAAGAACCCGAGGAGACGCGUCGGUCACGGUCAGCACCGGCUCAGAGCACGCCAAGCACACCGCAGCCACCUACACAUACCGUUCACGAGGAGGGCUUCCUGUACCGCAAACACGAAGAGGAAGGCAAGGAAAAGAGCCCCAACAGCAAGUCGUGGGUGAACCUGUACUGUGUGCUCAACAAAGGCGAGAUCGGCUUCUACAAGGACGCCAGGAACACGACGACCCCAUACAACGACGAGCCGCUCCUCAACCUGGCCAUGUGUACCUUCGACACCACUAACGGCUACAAGAAGAAGAAAAACGUCUUCAUCCUAAGGAGUGAAACCGAUGGGGAUUACAUCUUCCUGGCCAAAGAUGAGGAGGACUUGAAGCGUUGGGUGAACAGCAUAAACGCCAGCCUGAGCGAGAUCGAGGAGAUCGCCAAGUGGGAAAAACCCACCACUUCGUCGACCGACCCCGACAAAUCCGAACGCAAGGAGCGCUCCGAAGGGGCGGAGCCAUCUGAGAAGUCGGAGCGAUCUGAUCGAUCGGACAAGCGAGAGGGGGAGAAAAGCUCCGAAAGUUCGGAAAAGAGGGACACAUUGGAAAGAAAGAGGAUGGAACGACGAGGAAGGGAGCGAGGAGAGGAAGAGAGAGGAGCGCGAGAUAGGGGAGAAAGAGGAGAGCGUGGGGAGAAAGGAGAGAGAGGAGAAAGAGGAGACAGAGAGAGGGAGAGAGAGCGGGAUAGGGGAGACCGGAGUUCCAGGGGUUCCAGCACCUCGGGGAAGAGUAAAUGAUACGCUCAACUCGUCCAUCCAUUCAUCCAUCUUUCCAUAGAUCUACCAAGAAUGGAGGAGAGGAAAAGAACGAGUGCUUUUACUUCUCCAUCACCCUGAUGACACGCUGUUGAGGUUUUUCCAGUAAACACAGCGUCCAAAGAGAGAGUCUUGCAAAAGCGUAGGAAUUAUUCUUGUCCUAUAAUUAGUAAACGAAGACGAAAAUGAUAUCGCUCAGAUAUCUGAAUAGCGUUUUAACGAAAGCAAUAUGAUGUACGCAGUAGUCUAUUUAAUAUCGGAUUCAUACUCGCCCCCAUUGUUUGUGUGUGAGAGAGAAAGUGAAAGCAGGAGAAAAGUGUGUGUAUGCCUAUGAAAAAUGUGAAUACACUCAGGACUAGAACUGAAAGGAGCAGAUGCAAGUGCAAACACACUCACAUGUACCACACACAGGUUAUACUUUCCACUAAUUAGUCAGAUGUUGUUAUCCUGCUUCAGUAGCAACGCAUAGUCAAGAAACAUUCAUUUAGAUCUUCUAAAGAUAAACCGUGAAAUAUAAACAGUUUCCUGUACACUUAUUUCAAAAUAAACGAGUUAUCGAUCAUGUUCAGUAGAGACGUGAGACUAACGUAGGCAACAAGUUUUCAAAGUUUGACAUGCAGUAAUUUAGAGUGAACCACCAGCAAAUCACCUAAAUCCAUGGGUAUAAGGUACAUCAAUCAGCCAUAACUUUAACACAGCCACCAUGUGUACUAAACAACAUUGAUUACCAACUAUACACAGCAAACUGGUGACAGGAUCAUGGCCACUCAUGGGCUUACCCAUGCCUGUGGGGACCAUAGGCCAGCCCAUCCUUUCCGAUCCCACAGAAAAGCCAGCACUUGACACAAAUCAUCAAACAAAGUCAAUGCUGGCUGUGAUAGAAAGGCACCAGAACCCAAGUGCACCACAGCCUGCUGCACAUGGGGCCCAGCAGGCAAAAAGCUGCUGACCUGGAAUCCAAAUUCCCCAGAUCCCAUCGGGAUGGGAUGUGCCCAACAAACAAAAGUCCAAUCCAUAGAGGCCCCACCGCAGAGGAUCCGCUCUCAACGUCCUGGUGCCAGACAUCACAGCAUACCCCCAGAGACCCUGCAAAGCCAUGCCCCGUGAGGCAAGACCCACUCAGUCGCACAAGGGGAACCCAAAACCUAGGUAGUUUUAUUGUUACGGCUGAUCUGUGUAUCUACAAAAUAACCAAAAGUUAACAAAUCCCAACAGUUUCUUUGCAAUUGUGUGUCUAUUACGCCAAGUGAAAUCCAGAUAAAGGGCAGAAAGUAAAAAAGUAAAAUGGACAACAUGGAAGAAAGCAUAUG